AUGAAACAGAAAAGGCACAAGCCCGUUAAAAGCUGUGUUGUCAAAUACAGAUCACCAUCUCAACUUUUCAAUAAUAUCUGUGACUAUUUCCAAAUAUCAUCCAGUAAAUCUCAGUUAGUAUUUUCCCUUUUUCCUGCUGCAGACCAGGACCAAAUGGACCAGCUGUUGGCUGUGUCUCUGAGGGAGGAGGAGCUGAGCCACUCGUUACAAGCUUUGGACAAGUCUCUGGUCCAGGCCCGCAACGCCCUGCAAGCUGCCUACACAGAAGUCCAAAGACUCCUUCUAUUGAGACAGCAGUGUACUGCUGAAGUCAACAGUCUGAGAGCCCAGCGCAUUGAGAUCCUGCAGGGGAUGCAAGGAGGAUACUCGGGAGCAUCUAAUACGGGGGCUGCUGCUGCUGCUGCUGCUGUGCACCCAAGACUCUCUCCCCUUCCUUCCUCUAGUGCCUUCCCCAUCGCCUCCAGCACACCUCCCACAAACCCAGCAUCUUUCAUUAGCCAACCUCAUCCAACCCCCCUUGUCCUGACAACCAUGCCAGUAAAGCGAGAAAUCUGCCAACCAGCUACAGUCUCCUGUAACCCUGAUACACCGCCGGUACCUUUGAACCAACCUGUGUGCCUGUUUCCCUCUGAUUUGCUCCCUUCGCUGCUGGUUACAUCACCAGGCUUGGCAACCCCGUCAACUGCUGUUACCUCUCUCACACAACUGAAAACAGAGUGCUCUACGUCAGCGAACAUUUCUCCUGAAUCCUCUGUCAGGCAGCAGGAGCAAGUCACGAGGGAGGGCUUAAAGGACUGUUUAAAGACAGUGAGGUUAGCGAGAGAGGAAGCAGUCGACAGUGAUUCUGAGGAGGAGACGGGAGGAGCUCCAGAGACUCCGGCAGAGCAGCCCGUCGCCUCUUUUGUCCCUGAAAGAGAUCACAGUGCUUCUGCUGCUGCAGCACCGGGCGACGAUGGUGGGAACGAGAGCGACGACUCCGUUGAAAUGAUGGAACCCUCCAACCUGGUGGUCAUUGAUAUCGAUGAAUCAGACAAUGAGGGGGCCGUCUCAAACGUCCACCAAGAGCCCUGUCAGAAGUCUGUCAGUGUGGAGUUCAGCUCUGCAAGCACACAGACGUUUCAGCAAAAUGCGGACGGGAAAAAAGUUCAGCCUACAGUAAAAGAAGCCUGUGCUCCUCCAGAGGGUGUUGAGGUGGUCGAGGACGAGGAGCCGUCUUUGGGAGCUUUUUUAAAUCACACAGGUCCCGUCCACGGCCUCCAAAUUCACGAGGGCCUGUUGUACACGUGUUCAGGGGACAACACAGCACGGGUCUACAGUCUGAUGACCAGGGAGUGCCUAGCAGUGUUCACGGGUCACACAAACAAAAUCAACUGUCUGCUGGUGUCGUCCCUCCCAAACUCGCUGACACGCCUCUACACCGGGUCCAGUGACCAGACUAUCCGCUGUUACAGCAUAAAGUCCAAGAAGUGUCUGGAGCAGAUCUCUCUGUCGGACAGGGUGCUGUGUUUACACGUUGGCUGGAAUAUUCUGUUUGCUGGACUCGCCAAUGGCUCAGUGGCCAGCUAUGACUUAAAGACCCUGAAGCAGUUAGAUGUGUUCGAGUGCCAUGGCCCUCGGGGUGUUAGCUGCCUGGGGACUUCGCAGGAGGGCGCCCGCCGGGUGCUGCUGGUCGGCUCCUAUGACAGCACCAUCAGUGUACGAGACGCCAAGAGCGGCCUGCUGCUGCGCUCGCUGGAGGGUCACACCAAAACUGUACUCUGUAUGAAGGUGGUAAACGACCUGGUAUUCAGCGGCUCCAGUGACACAUCUGUUCACGCCCACAACAUCCAUACGGGUGAGUUGGUUCGUAUCUACAAGGGUCACGGUCAUGCUGUCACAUCAAUAGUCAUCUUGGGCAAAGUGAUGGUAACGGCCUGUCUGGAUAAACUGGUCCGAGUUUAUGAGCUACAGUCCCAUGACCGCCUGCAGGUGUACGGGGGUCACAGUGACAUGGUGAUGUGCAUGGCCAUACAUAAGAGUGUGAUUUAUACAGGCUGUUACGAUGGCAGCGUUCAAGCUGUAAAGCUCAACUUGAUGAAGAACUACCGCUGCUGGUGGCAGAACUGCUCUCUGAUCUUCGGCAUCGCAGAUCAUCUCGAGCAGCACCUCGUUCGAGAUCACAGCAACCCGAAUCUGGAGAUGGUCAAAUGCCGCUGGAGAGGCUGCAACACUUUCUUUGCCACGCAGCAGUCGGUUAGGCAGGAGCUGCCUGAACACAUGCAGAGCCACGUGGAGAACGACAGUAAAGUGCAGCGGUGAAGUGACGCAGCAAUUGAGAAGUUUUAUCCAUUACAACACAUCAACUGACUUUUCUUUUUUGUUUUUUCGAAGUUCUUUUCAGGAUAUUUGGUUUUAUUUUCCAGUUUUUGAGAUGCCGAUCACAUCUCUUUGGUCUUUGGUGCACACUGUAUGACUGGUCACUUGUUAUUGAUCCCUGAAGUUGUUUCAUAAAAGUAUUGUUGACGUUCAGUCUCACUCAAACACUCAAUCAGUCCUGUUGUUGAAAUACUUUUAACCCAUCAUCAAUUAUUUGCAGUUGAAGUUAUCAGUAAUUAAGCUAUAUUUGACGAGUAAAAUGACUUUUAUUCGUCAACACGUUUUUUACUUAACGCGGCGAAUAUGUGACGCAGCUUUAAACAACAUGCAAUAUAUUAUACAGUCAGCCUACCCAGAAAUGUCAUAGUAUAUGUGAAGAUAAUACUUUUUACAACUAUAGUUCACUGGCAUAAGCGCCUCAGAAUAGCUUUUGCGGAGCAGCUUAUACUGUGAACUGCCUUCAAAAUCCUGUUUAGAUAUUGUAGUGCCGAUUGGCUCUGAAGCGGAGGUAGCUUGUUGUAAUGUUAGCUGAAUCUGUUAAGGAACAGUAAAGCAGAAACGCCACAGUGUCUGAACCUGAAGAACAUUAAUUUAGUUAUACAUCAACUCUUAACACCCAGUUUGUCCAUCUGCACAGUUAUUUAAAAAAUAAUACUCCACCAAUUUAACAUUGUACUCCUGUAAUGUUGUUGACCCAUGUUAAAAUUGCAUUCUUCUUGUCAAAA